CUUUUCUGCCUGCUUGUUUGCUUGUGCCAACCAGCAGCAGACAAGAGAGCAGCGGUAGCAGCAGCUGUGCUACGAGUGCCAUCAACUAUCAGUAUCAGCACACUACGACUACUGUAUUCUUUCCCCUCUUCCCUUCUUAUCAAGUUGUUUUUUUUCUCUUUCUCUUUUUCUAUUUCUUCUACGGGUCAUUGUUUUCUCUUUCGGUUCUUUGACGUCGACCUUCGCCUCCUCUCAACCUCACUCCGUCGCCCUUGACGGCCCCCUCACACAGUCACAAAUCUCCUCAGAAUGGACAACUAUUACUCUUCAGCAUCCAUGGCCAUGGACGCGAGCCAUGAGCAAAAGUUCUUCAAGGCAGAGGACACCAACGGUCUAGAUGACAGCCUUCUUGACCACAGCGGCAUUGACUCAGGCUUGGAACUUUCUCCUCCCAUGGACAACAGGCGAGAGUCUUUCGGCAUCGGAGGGCCUCUCUUCUCUCCCAAGACGGAGGAUUGGCACUCGGUCGACAUGCAGUCGCUGCCUUCCAACAACCCCUUCUUCGAGCCGCAUAGCACAAACCCCUACAUGCGCUUCGAACAGCCCUCUGCCAACCCUUUCAUCUCCUCGGGCAACCCUUGGGCGAUGAACGGAGGCUCCGGAGCGGCCACGCCUUUCCAGCGCUUCGGUGGUAUGGCGACGGAUUUUGAUGCCAACGCUUCCAUCUUCCAGCAGCCCAUCCACGCUCCCACUCCUUUCCCCACCUCGGGCAACAUGUUUGCUUCUCUUGCCGACGGCCAGGGCAUGCAAGAGCCUGCCUCCAAGAAGAUGCGACCUAGCAGCCCCUCCAUCCGAUCGCACAAUGAUCUGCGACGCGGCGAUGGCAUCCGGAAGAAGAAUGCUCGUUUCGAGAUCCCCGCUGAGCGGAACUUGAGCAACAUCGACCAGUUGAUUUCCCAGUCGACGGAUGAGCAGGAGAUUAAGGAACUCAAGCAACAAAAGCGACUGCUGCGAAACCGCCAGGCUGCUCUCGACUCUCGGCAGCGCAAGAAGCAGCACACUGAGCGCUUGGAAGAUGAGAAGAAGCAAUUCACCGUUGUCAUCACUGACAUGGAAGAGGAGCUGGCCAGCCUCAAGGCCAAGGUGGAGCAGCUCAUGCUCGAGAAGCAACAGUGCGUCGAUUACAUCGAGACCCUCACCCUCGAGAAGGACGAGAUGAUCCGCACCCACACUAUCGAGACUGGUGAGCUGAGGAAAAAGGUGGGUGUCCUGACCGACCAUGUCCAGCGCCUGGAGAGCAGCAUUCCACCCAACGCUGCCGCCAACGGCUUCUCCGGCGCUUACGACGACAUGGACGAUGCCAUGGAUUUGGCCGGUGCUUGGGAGAAUGGCUUCCUCAACGACUUUGCCGAUGAGGUCAAGCCGCCCAUGACUGUUGCCAAGAAGGACACCAACCCAUUCACCUCCGACUCCGAGAAGAGCUCCUCCCAGGGCGGCUUGCUGUUCAUGCUCUUCCUUGUUGGCGCUUUUGUCCUGUCUAGCCGCUCGAUGCCCUCCAUCCCCCGCGUGUCGGAGGAUGUCCGAGUUGCGUCGGCGACUCUUCUCGACAACGUCCUCAAGGACGCCGGUGUCAACCCAUCGGCUAGCAUGCACGCUAUUGCUCCCCAGCCUUCCGGUGUCUCUUGGGGACAGCCCGUGAGCGCUAGCGUCAUGGCCGGCAUGGCUGCCGAUGGUGUUGUUGCGCCCUCCAUGCUUAUUGAGCUCGGCGACAGCCUCAUCCAGCCCUCACAGCAGCAAACCAACGAGCAGAUCUUCUCCCUCUCUGCCGCCCAGUACAAUGGAGUCAGCGACCACGACUUCCUCCGCGAUGCCGCCGGUAGAAUGCCCACCAAGGCUCGCAAGAACCUGGCUCAGUCUCUUGCUGAGAUGCGGGACGCUGCCAAGCAGUCGGGCGCCGCCGAGGUGUACACUCGCACUCUCCUCUGGGACCAGAUCCCCAACGAUGUCGUCCGAAACUUUGCCAGAAUGGUUGUAGAGUGCAACAGUGCUCAGAAUUCGCAGCAAUGCAACGAAGCGAGAUCAUGAAAGAAUUAAAAGACCCGGCGCGAAAGACAAAAAAAAAACACGAAAUCUCACGAUGACGAAUCAAAAAAUGGCUACAGUAAUGCAACGAUCAAACUUCUCCACCCUCUAUUCUGUCUUGGUUCAAUUUCAUUUCUCCGACAAAUUUCUGCUACUUCUUCUUACUCUUCUCUUCGUACGGCCUUUUCCAACGACUGGAUAGGCUGGCCUUUAUUUGGAGUUGCUUCGGGGCAACUCCCCCACAUGCACAUUAUUUGAGAUUUUUUGCUCACGCAUUCACCCCCAUCUUCUUGAAUUUGAACAAACCGCUUUCUCAUGAAAACCAUCUACUUUGGAGUCUCUUACGAUUUCUUUGCGGAUCUAGCGAGCGAGCAAGCGUUGAUUUUUUUGGCGAUUGAUUUUGAUUUUGAUUUGAUUUGAUUUCCUUGUGCUUUUAUUUCCUUAUGUUAUAUUUGGAUGCCUUUUUUUUCACACCUCUUACUUUUUUCCCGUUUUCUUUUUGCUGGAUCCUUUCGACAGCUGGUGGGUCGAAAGGCAUAGGACACAAGCAGAAGCAGCAGCACAACAGGCAUGCUACAGGCCCCAGUCCAGUACAUGCUUGUACUUUUGAAAGGCAUAGCUUUUCGGAUAUUGGGGAUCUAUGUGCAGGAUGAUACCUGACACUGAAGGAACAUAUCUACGAGGCAUGUCGAUACAGAAUGAUGACAGAUUGGAAACAAAUUGACGAUGAUAAGAAUGAGCACCUGGAACGGGCUCUUCUACCCGACACUCUCUUGAGAACCCGCCACAGCGACAAAAAAAGAUCCCUGGGUGGCUUUCCUUUGUACUUGGGCGGCAUUUUGGACAUAGCUUUUUUAUUUGGAACGAGCCACACAGAUGGUCUCUUGGGUUUUGACGACAUAUUUCUUUUCAGAUAGCCUUUUCAAUGUGAACAUGGACUGAGAUCCAGCUUACAUUCAUC